AUGGCUUCAGUAAUUGCGGGCCCAGUUCUCGAGAGAACUAUCUAUUCAGCUUGUUCGCUAGGUUUCGUGCCCAUUGCGAUUCGAUUCCGUCUCUUCGAAAUACUAGCAAAAGCCUGGGAUGGCCCACUCUCCUCAGAAGCAGUUCUGGAUCUGUAUCGCAAGCAGAUGAAGCCUGGAGACCCUGAGCCACAGGACACAUUGCUCGCCAUGGCCGGUCUGGGCUUUGUUGACCGAGUGGAUGAGGACAUGUACCAGGCGAACGAAGUCACCAAGCACAUUGAAGCGACUCCUUCAGCUAAGCAUGGAUCACUCCUAUUCACAACAGAAGGCCUCUUCGCUUCUGCCUUCCUCAUGCGAAAACUAGAAGCUAGCAACUUCCAGUACCCAUUCGACGAAAUAGACAACCCACUACAUUAUGCCUACAACAGUAUAGGUUGCGCCGAUCUAGCCGAGCAGAACUUCUGGUCAAUCAUGGAAGCCAACGGCCGCCUGACCAACGUCAACGGCUUCAUGGAGGGGAAAUUCGGCACUGUUCUACUAACUCCCGAGAAUCUCCAGGCCCAAGGGUACGACCUCCAAGCUGUCAUUAAUGAAGCAGAUGGCAUCUCAAUCCCCAGAACAAUGGUAGAUAUAGGCGGCGGUAAGGGCCAAAUGCUCCUGCAGCUCCAGGCAGCAUUCCCACAACUUCAGGAAGCCGAUCUUAUCGUGCAGGAUUUCAAUCCGGGCAUUGCGAGUAUUCCAGGUAUUACGCUGCAAAAGUGGAACUUCAAGGGAGAGGGUAACCCGCAGCUGGUCAAGGGGGCGCUGGUGUACCAUCUGCAGAAUCUCAUGCAUGAUCUGCCUGAUUUAGAGGCCGCGCGACUGUUGCAGAAGAUUGCAGAAGCGAUGGCACCGUAUUCCCGAUUGUUGAUUCAUGGGCUGUCUAAGAAUGUAAAUAUGGCGGGGGCGCAUGCGGCGAUGAUUCUAUUCUUUGGUGGGAGGCAGAGAGGCCAGAAGGAUUGGGAACAGAUGGCUGCGGUGGCGGGGUUGAGGGUCACGUUUCAGGUGUAUCCAGAGUUUGGGGAGGGGGUGGUUGAGAUGAGGAAGAUAUGA